AUGGAGGAUGUGAAAGAAUUUUUUAAUCACGAGGUGGAUUUACUAAUAGAUAAGGAUAAAGGAAAUGUAGGGAACAAUCUUAAGUUCAUAAAAGAGAAGUAUGAAGAGAAGCUGUUCAAACUUCUUCACGAGAUAAAAGAAAAUCAAGAGAUGUUUUAUAAAAAUCAUAAAUAUAAAAAAAAUAUUUUAAAAGAAACCUGUGAUAAUGAUUAUAGAAAUAACAAUAUAAGUCAUGGUGAUAUUAUUAAUGAAAAAGAAGAAAAAAUAGAUGAAGAAGAUGAUAAUAUAAAAAUUAAUCAUAACAAUGAUAUAAGUAUAUAUAAUAUAACUAAUAAAAGUUGUUUAGAUAAUCUACAAUUUUUUAAAAGAAAACGUCAUGAAAAUUAUAAUGAGAAUAUGGAAGAAUUAAAUAAAAGACAGAAGAUCCAAAAAGAUACAAACAUGUUAUAUAUAUCAAAUAAUAAUAAUGGAAAUAAAUAUUAUCCAUAUGAUGAAAAAGAAUAUAAUUAUAAUAUGAAUGAUUUUAUAAAAACAGAUGCAAAUUACAAUUUUAUGAAUCCAAAUGAAUUUAUUUGUAAUAUUCCGUUAAAAGAACAAUGUGAUUUAAAAAGUUUAUUUUCUUAUUUUACAGAAUCAUUAAAAAAAAAAAGUCAUCAUGAUAAUAUUUUUAAAAAGACUUAUAUUGAAUGUCUACAAAGAAAUAACAAGAAACUAUUACAAGAUCCAAUAGAUGAAAAUAAUUUAUUUUUAUACAAAAGUUAUUUUUAUAAAAUAAAAAAGAUCUUUUCUUUAUUUUAUUUUGAUUUUUUUGUAUGUAUAAUAAAUGAAAAUAUUUCUUUAGAGCAAGGUAUGGAUUUUCUGAUUAAUGACUUGUUUUUUGUAAAUGAGCAAUUUUUUAAGAAUCUAAUAUAUAUCUUGAAAAGCGGCCCUCCAAAUAAUACCAACAAUAAUGAUGAUAAUAAUACCAACAAUAAUGAUGAUAAUAAUACCAACAAUAAUGAUGAUAAUAAUACCAACAAUAAUGAUGAUGAUGAUAAUAAUAAUAACAAUUGUGAUGCUCUUUUAAGAUGUGAUGAAAAGACUCCGAAUCAUUAUAAUAACCAUAUAGAUAAUUAUAACAUAAAUAAAAAUGUCAUAUCUAAUUAUUAUACAGAUAAUUCGUAUGAUAUAAAUCCUUUACAAACGGAGGAUCAAGGAAAUAAUAUGAACUCACAAGAAUUGUAUAAUGAUAAUGUAAUUUGUUUUUAUAAUAACAAUGUUUUAACGGAAAAAAAUUUAAUCAUACCCUUCAAAGAAAUUAUAUUAAACAGCCUACAUUAUUUAAUAGAAAUUAUUGAUCAUAUUAAAGAAGAGAAAAAAGAAAAAUAUAAUAAAUAUAAAGAUAUUAUAGUUCAUUGUAUUAAUUUUUUAAAAGAUAAAAAUAUAAUUUCUUAUAAAGAAGCAGCCACUAUUAUAGAAUGUAAAAAUAUUGAUAAAUUAAAUUUAUUUAAUAAAGAAUUAUAUAAACUUAUAACUAAAUUAAAAACAAAAAAUAUGUAUAGUAUUUCUAUAUAUAAUCUUAUAAAUGAAAAUAUUAAUGGAUACGGAAAAAUCAUUUUGCUUCUACAAAAUUUUUUUACAAAUGAUCCUAUCAAAAUAAAAGAAAACAAUAACACAAAAAAAAAAAAAAAAAAAAAUUUUAAGAAAAUUAUUAACAAAAUGGUAAGGAAAUAUGAUCAAAAAGUCGAAGUCCAACAUUUGAAUAAUAGUUCGAAAGUAGAAGAAUUAUAUAUAGAAAAUAUAAACAAUAAUAUAAAUAAAAACAAUAAUAUAAAUAUAAAUAAUAAUAUAAAUAUAAACAAUAAUAUAAAUAUAAACAAUAAUAUAAAUAAAAACAAUAAUAUAAAUAUAAACAAUAAUAUAUAUAAUAAUUAUUGUGAAAUGAAAAAAUUAUGGAAAAAACAUUUCAAUUGUUACUAUUGUAAUGAUUUAAUAAAUUUAAAAAAUGAUAUUUUCUGCAUUGCUGGUUUACAUAAUUUAUGUCCUAGAAGAAUUUUGUCCAUACUCUUAUUUUUUUAUGAACAAAAUAUUGAAAGUGAAAAACAACUUCUUCCAUUGUUUUUUUUAUAUUCAAAGGAAUUAAUAACUGAUGUAAUUAUCCUGGAAUUAAAAAUUCGAAAUAACUAUAUCACCGAAUUAUACAAAGAGGAUCUGAGCAAAUUAAGAAAUAUGAAUGUGAAGAAUGAAGAGAAUGAAAACAAAAACACGGGUAUUCAAAUAAACGAAAAUAAUAACACAUCUAAUGAGUAUAAUAUAAGCAAUAGUAAUAAUAUGAACCAUACAAGUAACAGCAGCAACAAUAAUAAUAAUAAUAAUAAUAAUAAUAAUAAUAACAACAAUAAUUAUAAUAAUAACAACAACAACAAUAAUAACAUUAAUUUGGUUGCUUCAUCAAAUAACCCAAAUAUUAGUUCUAACAAUAAUUGUAUUUUUAUGUUUACAGAAAAUAACUUCUUUACACCAAACUACUUCAAGAUGUGCUCUAUUUUAAUUCUUAACGAUUUAUUAAAUUUCGAAAUUUUCUAUGCUAAUUUAUGUCCAAAGGAUGUAUUAUUAAAAAAUAUGUUUGAAGAAUUAUAUGAAAAAUAUUACAUUGAUUAUGAUAAUUCAAGUUCUGAUAAGGUCUCUUCAUUGUUUUAUAAUUAUAUACCGUUCGAUAUAAAUAACUUGUAUAAUAUAUAUGAAAAUGUAAAAAGUUAUACAACUCAAUCGAAGGAAGUAGUAAAGAGGAGGGCUUCAUCUACUCUUACGAGCUCGAUCAAUAAUGUGAAUAAUACAAAUAAUACAAACAUUUUGAAUAAUACAAACAUUUUGAAUAAUACAAACAAAUUUAAUAAUAUUAAUAAUCAUAUUCAUAAUAGUUACUUUAGUCCUGCUUCAGAGAAAGAGUAUAAACAAGUUACAUUCUCCUCAUCUUUCAAAGAAUCAUUUGUUAAAAAGAAUAAUCCUAAAUAUAAAUUUUUAAAUAAUUGUAAAAGUUCAACACAAAUUCUGGAAGAAUCGAAUCCUAUAUAUUUAUAUGAUCAUAUCAUAAGUUUUUUAUUAAAUACACAAGAUAAGGAAUUAAAAAAAAAAUAUGAUGAUAUCCAAUGUUUAAAUAAUAAAGAUGCCAUAGAAUAUUAUAUCUAUGAUAUAAUUAAUAACAAAUCGAAUACGUUUGAUAAUUUUAUUAAAAAUUAUUUAGACAGAGAAAUAAAACUAAGAAUAGAAAAUAUAAAUUCAAAUUAUAAAACGUAUCCGGAUUUUUUUAAUUAUUUAUAUCUAGAAUCUGAUCCUUAUCAUUUAAUAUUAGGUAGAUUAUUUUUUAUGAAAAAUUCAAAGUUUUUAUUUCUAUCAGCAUUAAUACAAUUAAAUGCAUGGGGAUUAAUAAAUAUUAUAAUUAAACAUAUGGAAACAUAUAAAUGUAAUCCAUAUUUAAAUUAUUAUGUACAUUCGGCAUUCACACAACUAAUUAAUUAUAUUAUUUUGGACUUUGAGAAAAAAUAUCUUCAGGAUGUAAUAAAUAAGAGCAGCUCAUCGCGCAACGGAAAAAAUAAAAUGAAAAGAAUUAAUCUGGGGAAAAAAAAAAAUUUUAAUAAUGAAAAUGAAAGUAAAGAAAAUGAUAACCAUAAUGAUGUUAAUAAUAAAAAUGAUAACCAUAAUGAUGUUAAUAAUAAAAAUGAUAACCAUAAUGAUGAUAAUAAUAAAAAUGAUAACCAUAAUGAUGAUAAUAAUAAAAAUGAUAACCAUAAUGAUGUUAAUAAUAAUAAUAAUAAUUCUUAUAAACCUCCCUGCCUUUUUUGUAAUAUUAAUUUAUGCGGAUCGCUACUUUGUAGCUAUAAGUCCAUUGAAGUUAUUAAGAAAAAUAAGAAAUAUAUCGAAUCAUUGUUUAAAAAUGAAAAUAAAAUAAAAAAAAAAAAAAAAAUUAUAAGAAAUUUAUUAAAAAGGAACCAUAAAUAUUUAUACAGUAAUUUAAAGCAAGAAAAGUUAAUGAAUGUAAAAAAUGAAACUAUGAAUAAUCAUACAUAUAAUAUAAAAAAUGAAACCAUGAAUAUAAAUUACUUCAUAAAAUCUGUAAUGAAUAUAUUUGAAUUACCAGAGUCAUCCAAGUUGUACUCUGAUGAGGAAAUUAUAAAAAAUAAAAAAUUGAAAGGAUAUUUUAAAAAAAGUAUAGAUCAAUGUACACAAAAAAGGAAAGAAAUAUGUGAUACAAAGGAUAACUGUAUUUAUGUAUUAAAAAAAAAAAAAAAAUCAAAAUGUAAUGAUAACAAUAAUGAUGAUGAUGAUAAUAAUAAUAAUUAUUAUUAUAAUUAUUUAAGAAAGAUAAAAAACAUAGAAGCAUUUAUGGAAUAUGUAUUAAUAUUUUUACAAUACCUUGGCUAUUUUGGAUAUAUAUAUAAAUCUUUAUUAAGAAGAAUUCUUCGUAUUUUAUUUUUUUAUGUAAACAGCGUGAUUAAUUCGAAUGACUCCAAAAUGAAAUUACAUCCAAAUUUUGAAAAAUUAUUUAUAAAAUACUUUUUUUUUGUUAUUAUAAAUGAUAAUGAUGAUGAUGAUGAUAAUGAUAGUGAAGAAAAGAAAAGUAUUAAUGAUGAUAUAUGGAAUAUAUUGAAAUUGUUGCCUGCUUCGGAUAGAUAUAAAUUAUACUUUAAGUUUUUUGAUAAAUUACAAAAGGGUAGAAAAGAUUUGAGUAAAUUGAAAAACUUGAAAAAUUUUGAAAUAAAAUGUAAAGUUAAUACAAAAGAUAAAAUAAAUAAGAAUACAUGUGUAAGAAAUAAUUUAAAUCUAAACGUAAAUUUUAAUUAUUCCCCUGGUAAAGAUAAAUAUGAAAACAAAAAUGUGAAUCAUCAAAAUAAUGAUAAUAAUAAUAAUAAUAAUAAUGAUAACAAUAGUAGUAGUAUUAUUAUUAGUAGUAAUAAUAGUAAUGAUUAUAGUAAAAAAUUAUUUAAACUUGCCUAUGAACAUAAGAAUUGUAUUAUUACCUUAUCAUAUAUAAAUUUUGAAAUAAUAAAAAGUAAGUUAAGAAAAAUUAUCAAAAGAAUAACUUCUGAUAUAUUAAAAGAUAGAUAUAAUCCCAAAGUAGAAAGUAUGCUGUGUGAAUUUACCAAAUUAAUUAAUAGAAAUCCAUUUGAUUGUUCAGAUAUAAUAUUACAACAAUGUGAAUUAUUCGAUAAUAAUAUGAUUAUAACAUUAUCAGAAUCUAUUAAAAAUAUACAUAACUUUUCUAGUGAUAUUUUUUUAUAUAAAAUUUUAGAAAGACAACAAUUAUUAAAUGUUCAUAAUUAUCAAUUAUAUAAACAAUAUAAUAAUCUAAAUAAUUUAGAACUUAUCGAUGAUUCUAUUUUUAAACCCAAAAAAUUAAUUAAUGUUUCAUUAGUAGCAGCCAAAUUUUUAUGUAAACAUCCUUCUGUUAAUUUUUAUCCUUUGGUUAUCUCUAUAUUUAAAAGAAUUUUUUCAGAAUUACAUACUUCUGAUCAUGUAUAUUUAAAAAAGAAAUCAUAUGUACCUAACCAAUUAUUAUUAUUAUUAUUAUUAAAAAAUUGUCAACAGAAAUUACAAAAACGCACAUCCAUCUCUUCACAAUGUGACCAUAUUAAAAAUGAUGCCAAUAUUGAAAAUGAGGAAAAUAUUAAAAAGGAAAAUAUUAAAAAGGAUAAUAUUAAAAAUGACAAUGUUAAUAAUAAUGACCAUAUUAAAAAUGACAAUGUUAAUAAUAAUGACCAUAUUAAAAAUGAUAAUAUUAAAAAUGACAAUGUUAAUAAUAAUGACCAUAUUAAAAAUGAUAAUAUUAAAAAUGACAGUGUUAAUAAUAAUGACCAUAUUAAAAAUAAUAAUUAUUCUUAUUAUUAUAAUCUGAUGGAUACAAACAUUCAUAUAUCAAACAACAUUAACCAAACAAAUCAUUUAUCAAAUGUAAUUAAACAAAAUGAUCUAUAUUUUUAUUAUAAUAACUCCAACAUUAAUGAUACACAAAAUGUAUUAACACAUCAUAAGGAUGAAAAUGAAGAUACACUUAUAAAAUAUAUUAAUAUAUAUCCUAAUGAAUAUAUCAAUCCAUAUGAUUUAAUAAAUAACGAACAAGGAUAUGAUCAAUAUGAACAAAAUGAACAAAAUGAAGAAAAUAAAAAAAAUAUAAUCGAACAACCCAUGUUAGGUGGUCUUAAUAAAAAAUAUCCCGAUAUAAUGACUGGAUAUUUUUUUGAUUUGGAUUAUAUUCAAAAAUUAAUAGAAAUAUAUGCAGGUACUAAUGCUUCAGUAGAUGUACAAGAAUUAAAUGAAGAUCAAUUAAAUGCUCAGUGUGGACUCAAAUUAAUUAAAGAAGAAAUUAUGAUAUUACAAGAAAAUUUUAAUUUAAAAAUUAAUAAUACUGAAUAUGAAUAUAUACAACAAAUUGAACAAGAAGAACAAAAAUUAAAAAAUGCAUGUAUUAAAAAUGCUAUACAUAUUUUCUUAAAUCCAAAUUAUAUUUAUUUAAUAUUUUUUAUUCUCUCAAAAAUUAAAUAUGAAUAUUUAUUUGAUAGUAAUACAAAUAAUCUAAGAAAUCUAUCGGCGUUGGUAGAUAAAAUACAUAUUGUCUUGUUACAGUUUGUUGAAUUCUUACAAAGUAAUAUUAUACCAUCUCUCUAUUUCAAAUAUAUACCUAAUAUAUUACACAUCUUUCAGUUUUUUGAUAUCUCUCAAUCAUUCCAUAUUGCUAGAUACGCCUUCCCUUUUUUUAUGCAAACGAAACAAAACGAAAAACAAGUGCACAACAAAAAUAAAAAUGAUAAUAAUAAAAAUGAUAAUAAUAAAAAUGAUAAUAAUAAAAAUGAAAAUAAUAAAAAUGAAAAUAAUAAAAAUGAAAAUAAUAAAAAUGAAAAUAAUAAAAAUGAAAAUAAUAAAAAUGAAAAUAAUAAUAAUAAUAAUAAAAAUAAUAAUAAUAAUGACACCUCUGUCGUGAAGAAAGAUAUAACGUCUACGAUUAAGGCAGUUCAUGCGGAUGCGUCCCCUGAGGAAGAAGGAAAUUUAAACAUUUUGAAAGAAACCAAACCAAAAAGUGAUAACCACGAUAAUAUUAAUUGUGAAAAUGUUAUCGGCGAACGUUCAUGUAACACAACCCAUGAUGAAAUGGUUAAGCCACUUAAAAAAUACGACGAUCCAAAUUUUCAUCACGUAAACGAAAUUUUGUGGAAAAUGUUCCUAAUGCCCAUAGUCGAUAAAUAUUUAAAAGAAGAAGAAUUGAACGGUAUAAACAUCAAUUUUUAUCUUACAUAUUGGAGAUUAAGUAUAUCAGAUAUUUAUGUUCCACAUAAGCAAUAUCAAAAAGUAUUAGAUAAAUAUGAAAAUUAUAUAAAAAAAUUAGAAAAAUAUUAUGAAGAAAAUAAAAAAAAUGAUGAAUAUAAAUGGAUUCCUAAACAAAUAAAAAAAUUAAAUAUAAAAAAAAAUAAUUUAAAAAAUGAAUAUGAAUAUCAUAUAAAUCAUACAAAACAAAUUAAACAAUAUUUAGCACAUAUUGUUGAUCAUUGGGUAGAUCCACAAAAGGUUAGUUUAAAUACUUUUGUAGCUUUUAUAAAAUGUCUAAUAGCACCCAGAAUUCUAAAUAGUGAAAAAGAUUCAUUAUUCUGUUCCAAAUUUAUACAAAUAUUACUAGAACUACAUACGCCAUUAUUUAAUCUAUGUACUUUAGUAUAUAUAUUUACUAAAAUGUUAAUGCCAUUAAUUAAUGCAUGUACAGAAAAAGAAGCACUAAACAUAGGAAUAUUUUUCAAUGAUUUCUUUUCAUAUAUAUACUUAUUAUGUGAAGAUAUUAAAUAUUUUCAAAAUGUCUCAAAUAAAAAUCCUUGUUUUAGUUACACUCUCAAUUUUCAGUCAAAAGAUACAAUUACUCAUAACAAUAUUAUACAGAAAGUUAUGAAAUGGGAAAAAACUAUCCUCUCAUUAUUAUUUGAAAAUAAUAAUUUUGAAAAAUCAUGGAUCAAUUCAAAAUCGGUUGUUAUCUUCUUAUUUAGAUUUUUAAAUACUUUCCCAUAUUCACACAAAAUCAAAAAUUCUAUAAAAACAUAUCUUGAAAACUUACAAAAUUUUGCAAAUAACCAAGGUUGGAAAGAUAUUGUCAUAUCAAUUAAUAGUUUGAAGACAAUGAUGGAGAAAAACAGAAAAAGUUGCGUAGGUGAAAAAAAGGAUGUGCCAGUAAAAAGUCAAGAAACUAAGCAAAGUACUUCAAGAACAAGCGUACAUAAUGUUAAUGCAGACGUGAAUGUUACAAUGAAUCCUUUCAAUAAUUCUACGCCUGUCCAUAUUCCAUCCAAUCCACCAUUUGCUCCAAUGCCCAAAAAUAUUUAUAAUCCAAAUGCUUAUCCAAUAGUACAAAAUACAAUUAAUCCUCCACCGAAACCAUACAUGAAGGAUAGCAAUUAUAACAACAAAGUGCCCCCUCCACAGGAACCUAAUAAUUUAAUACAUACAUCAACUAGAAAUGCAAUUUUAAUAAACGGAAAUAAAGAUAAUAAAUACAAAAGAAGAUUACAAAUAUUUAAUAAUUUAAGGAAAAAUAUGAAUUACUAUCCAAAUGUACAAAGAAAAUUAAUUCAUAUGAAUAAUAAAUAUAUUCGAAAUAAUAAAUCAAGAUUUAAUAAUGGGAAUAUAAUUUAUGGAAAAAAUAUGAAUUACCCAUUUCAACAAAAUUUUCGAAAUGGUACUUCAUAUAUUACAUCAUCUAAUAACGACAUAUCUACAAGGAAUAUUUUUUCGAACAUUCCAAAUUAUAUAACAAAUAAAAAUAAUAGUAACUUUUUUAAAAGAUAA